AAAAACUCUACGACUUCGGCAUCAGUUGGACUUAUAAAUUGAGUUUUUCUUUUAUAAAUAAAAAUGAUUGUAAAGUCGAUGCUGAUUAUUCUGUUAGUCCACUUGGUCCGAAUCAACUCUCAACUUGAUUUCGACCUAGCUGGUAAAUUAGCGGGAGAAGUCGGUCAAAUUGGUAAAAUAACUUCGGAAGUGACUAAUAACACCAUUUAUUCCGCUCAACACAUUGCCGAAUCGUUGAAGGGACUAAUCGAAAACUUCGCCGACUUCAAAAAAAUUUUCAAUAAGAAUUACACAAGUGAAGCCGAAGAGAUACAACGUGCGAAAACUUUCGCCACUAAUCUCGCAUUAAUCAGCAGUCACAACGAAUUGUUCCGGGUGGGCAAAGAAAAAUUUUCGCUGGCAAUGAACUACUUUGGCGAUUGGACGAAAGAGGAAUAUCUCAAUAUUCUGCGUGCCAAAGUACCAAAUACCACGACCAUUGGUACAAAUGCUAAGAAGAAUGGUCGUCAGACACGGGCAACCGCUUGCCAAUUUCCAACCGAAAAAGAUUGGAGAAAAGAUGGCGCUGUGACGUCAGCGAAGCAGCAGUUUGAUUGUGGUUCGUGCUGGGCAUUUGCAAGCGCAGCAGCUAUAGAGUCACAUUACUUUAUUAAAACUGGUAAAAAUAUCAGUUUGUCCGAACAGCAAUUAGUCGAUUGUGCCGCUGAUGACGGAAGGGGAUGCGACGGUGCUUUCACGUACGUUGUGUAUGAGUUCGCUAGGAAAAAGGGAAUUGUUAGCAGCGACAAAUAUCCGUACAUUGGAGAAGAAAGCGGCAGACGAAACAGCUGCAAGAAACAUAAGUCUGGCCUUAAAAUCACCGGGUACCGUGAUAUUAGGCAAUUCGACGAAGAAGAUCUGAAAGACGCUGUGUGUCGCUUCGGUCCGGUAGCAGCUGUCAUUUCUGCAUCGUCCGAUAAGUUUCAGUAUUUGCACAGUGAGAUCUACAGCGAUCCGGAUUGCAGUGACACAGUUGUAAGUGAUCUGAAUCACGUUGUGUUAGUUAUCGGUUAUGGUCACGACGAGGAGACCAACGAACCGUAUUGGCUUAUUAAGAACUCGUAUGGAACGUCUUGGGGUGUUAAUGGAUUCGGUCGCAUUGCUCGAAAUUUAAACAAUUUUUGUGGCAUCGCGAGCCUAGCAUCUUAUCCGGUAGUUUGAAAGUCUUCAAUGGUCCAUCACACUGAUGGACGAUGUACAAGAAUAAAUCUGAGUUGCGAACCCUGAAUGCCAUUUGUUUUCGUUCCAGUUCGUCUUACAUCCAUUACCGUU